CGCCGGGCCUGACUUUUCAGCACCAACCGGAAUAAUGAUGAUGGACAUAACGCCAUACAGUGUGCCAUGAGGAAAAUGUUGCCCGGAAAGUGACGCUUCGCCUAUAACUGUUCUUCAAAUUCUAACUGGCAAAUAAGGACUCUUUUACAUGUACACCAACACGUGUAUACAUACAGAGACCUCCGUUUUUGGUCCCAUCCGAAGACAAGACACUGAUUAUUCUUAUCAAAUCCCCAAUUCCGCAUCCACUGACAAGGGAACCUACUCUAAAAAAAUCCCGAAGAAUUUUCUCGGCCAACAACAAAUUAAAUAAAUAAUUCAUCCAAUAGGUGACCUUCGCGUCGAACAGAAUAAGAUAAUGAAAUAGAUUCCAUGGGAACUUGUCCAGUGUUUAUCAUAUUCAGUGUAUGGAUAACGUGUACAUCUAGUCUAGAUCUGUAAGAAUACGCCACGAUAAUUUAUUAGUAUUUACAAAGAAACAUGCAUAAUAUUGUGGGAUUAUGUUUUCUUCUAUCAUUCUUUUUAUGUUUUAUAAAUGUGACAGGCAGGCGUUGCGGUAAACAUGCGUAUGUCACUUAUGCCACAUCCGACCUUACAGCUAUCAGUGCUACAGUUUUAGCCCGAUCAUUGAAGGCCAGUGGUAGUAAAAAAUGUCGUCUUAUCAUGGUCAGUAAUGAUAUAUCGUGGCUUAUCAGACCAUUUUUGAAGAAGAUGUUUGAUGAAAUCAUCGACGUUGAUUUAGCGACACCAAAGAAAAGAAUCUUACAUGAAGAUUACGGUCCUAUUUGGUUAUGGAAAGUGAAGGGAUAUAAAAAGCUAGCUUAUAUUCACAAUUCAGCUAUGGUUCUUAAAAAUCCCGAUGACAUUUUUACCUACGAAUCCUUCUCUGCUACCACUGACGUCAGCUGGUCAGAUAGAUUUGAUACUAAUGUAUUGUUAUUGAAACCAAACAAAAAAGACUUCGAUCAGUUGAUUAAAGAUGCUGAAAAUGAAGUAGAAGAUCCAGAUCGUGCAACAUACAGAUGGGUAUUAACGUCACAUUUUCUUGAAUGGAACAGACUACCGUGUGUUUUUAAUAUACUUUAUACCUUGCCUGAUACGAAUGUAGAUGCUUAUAAAAAACUGUUUCAUAUGAUUAAAAUAGUUCGUUUCGCUGGAGCCAACAUGCCGUGGAACGUGCCUUUAAAUAUACGGGAUAACCGACCAGAGGUCAACAUAGAUGGUGUAGGGCAUAUUUAUAUGGAGUUACCUUUCCAUGAAAAAUGGUGGAAUUUCUUUACCAAAUAUGUUCAAGCUCCUUUAUCGAAAUAUUUAAAAAUAUUUAAUUUAAAAUUAGUAGAGAAGGACAAUCAUCUAUUUCUAGGUAAUAUAGAUUUGCAUAUAGAUGCUGGAUUCUAUCUAUAUAAAAAUAAAUCAUAUCCUAAGUUUAUAAGAAGAGGUGGUGUUGAAGUCAGUAAUGAAUAUACAUGUUGGAGAGAUUUAAUGGAAGGUAUUAGAGGAUAUCAAGAUGCAGGAUUAGAUACUUCAUUUAACUAAUUGUAAUCCUUAUACGCCAUUUAGUAAUUGAACAUAUAUAAAACACAAAUUUAUAUGGAAAACAAUCACUGAUUUUAUUUCACACUACGUUUCAACAAGUUCCUCUUGUUACUUGAGAACGACAAUAGGAAAUGAAAUGAAAUGAAAUGGGGUUUAACGUCCUACUGUUCUGCUCCUAAACUGGGCUAAUGAAGACGGGCAUACCCCUUACAGUGUGCUAUGAGGGAAAUUUUGCCCGGGCAGCGGCACUAUGGCCUAUUCUUAUAUCGAAUUCCAACUGCCAAGGGAUCUCUUACGUGCACGCCAAUGUGUACACGGGACCUUGGUUUUUCGUCCCAUCCGAACGGCUAGACACAUGUCCUUGUCAGGCCCUCCGCCCUGCAUUACUUGAGAACGACAAGAGGAACUUGUUGAAACCUAGUGAAAUAAAAUCAGUGAUUGUUUUCCAUAUAAAUUUGUGUUUUUAUAUUAACUAAUUGUAUCAUCAAAAUAAGUAUUCUGGAGACAUUUCUCUGUUUAUUUAAAAGUUUCUGUGUAUUUGAAGUUGUGAAGAUUUCGAUUCUCUGCUGGUUUAGAAGUAUCUUAAAGAAUCAUAUUAACUUGUAUAUAAAUAAAUGUUUUGAAAAUUGUC